AUGGUAUUUGUCUCUAACAUCCUGAAGUGCAAUAACAACCUCAUCAAUGUCAUUGACGACCUUAGUUAUGUCUUGUGGGCUGAGAGUGAAGGCUUGAAGAUUGAUAGUGAAGAACUGAAAAGUCUUGAUUAUGUUCAUACUAAUUAUUUUAUUUUAUUGCAGUGCAUCUUCAACCUUCUACCUGAUCUUGAAAGUGAUGUCUUUCACAGUGUUGGUCACGAUGAUGUAACUUCAGGAGAUAAAAUAAUUUCUUUCCUACUUGGAGGAUUCAGACGAUGGGAUGCCCAGUACUUUAUCCAUGUUGCACAGUAUGGUUAUACGUAUGAAAACACAUUAGUAUUUUUUCCUCUUUUUCCUUUUUUGACACACUAUUUAUCGAAGUUAUUGUGGUAUCUGUUGUCAACAUUAUUCAGUUUUCAUAGUGUGAUUUUAUUAGUUGGUGUUUUGCUCAACUUCACUUGCUUCAUUCUGGCAGCCACUGUUUUGUACAGGUUGGGAAAUUUGGUCUUGCACGAUAGAGAAGUUUCUUGGAUUUCAGCAUGCAUGUUUUGCCUUAAUCCAGCAUCUGUGUUUUUCAGUGCUUUAUAUUCUGAAUCCUUAUUCUGUUUGUUGACUCUCUGUGGGCUUGUGUACGUAGAGAGAAAGAUGAUGUACACUGCCUGCAUUUUCUUUGGUUUAAGUGCAAUAACUAGAUCAAAUGGACUUAUCUCAUCUGGCUUUGUCCUUUAUGCUGAAACUAAGACGAUUUUAGGGUUACUGCAGCUUUCUCGAGUGAAGAGUUUAGUAUGGAAAAUGAAAUGUUUGUUUAAUUGGGUGAUGUCAGUUUCUCUCAAGCUAGUUAUUUGUUUUCUACCAUUUGUUAUGUUUCAGUUGUAUAUCUGGUUUAGUUUCUGUGUUUCUAAUGACUUUGAACAUUCAUGGCCAGUCUCAGUAAUUGAUAUAGCUCGUACAAAAGGUUAUAAGAUUCCUAAGAAAGAAGGGUCAGAUUGGUGUUUUCACAGUGUUCCGUUGUCCUAUAGUCAUGUUCAAAGUUCACACUGGGAUGUUGGAUUUUUACGUUACUAUCAGAUGAAGCAAAUCCCAAACUUCCUUUUAGCUGGACCAAUUGUCAUGCUAAUAAUAUAUAGUGCAAUACAAUAUUUUGUGAAAAACAAAGACUUCUGUAUGCAUCUUGGUCUAAACUCUUUAAAAUUCAGAAAAGAUUUUAAAACAAAGGAAUACGUUUUUGAUAGUGCCCAAUGUUUUGUUUACAUGGUCCACGCAACAGCUUUAACAACAUUUUGUUUGUUUUGCAUUCAUGUUCAGGUGACAACAAGAAUUGUAGCAUCUUCUUGUCCAAUUUUAUACUGGGUGGUUGCAUCACAUCUUGUAGAAAAUAAACUGACGAGAGCUAUCCAUGAGAAACUCAGCCAGGAAGUCUCUCAUAAAAACCUAGAUCAUUGUGCUUUAGUUGAAUGCUCUUCAUACACUGUUAUUGGCUUUUUCACUUUCCUGAAAGAGCAGUUUAAGAAUAGCAAUGCCCUAAAUCGGUUGUUAACUUUAUACUUUGUAACAUAUUUUCUGCUCGGUACAAUGUUGCAUGUCAAUUACUAUCCAUGGACAUAAAACAUAGUGGACUAAAUGUAGAAAGUUAUACAAUCAUGUUGAUAAAUAUGUAUUUUCUCUCCUACAUUGCAAUCAUAUUGUUUUUCUUUUACGUUUAUAACUGUUAAAAAUAAUGUCACUAUUGUCUGAUAUAAGUAGAUGUAUACAAAGUGAGUACUUUGAAUGAACUUUAUCAAAAAUCCACAAAAUAUAAUAAUAUGAGGCUGAUUACGUAAGUAAAAUGCUGUUUAUAAGUUUAAUUUAUACAUUGUAGUUUAGUUCUGUGUUUUUCAACCAUCAUCACAAGCAUCUUUCCAGGUGUAGGAUUUCAUGAAAACAAAAACUGACAGAAUAUUCAUAUGUAAACUGUAAUAGGUUUUAGUUGUAUUUGCAGUUUAGCAGUUUGUGACACCUUAGGGAGACAUUAAGUCGGUCCCUGAUAUUGAAAAGGUUGAGAAAUGCUAGUUUAAUUGACCUCAUGGAAACUUGUUUAUCUCAUUUGGUUUUCCAAGUACCAACAACUAUGUAUAUAGUUUUGUAUUAUAUGAUUUUGAAUGUUAACUAUAGAAAGUGUGAUGUAUGCUAAAAACACUUGUAAAUUAUUCAUUUUUAAAGAUACCUAGUUCUCCACAUUAUAUUUUUUAAGAUACAAAGAUAUUGUGUUUGUUUUCUCAAGUAGUUUGGGUCAUUGUUGGAGAAGUUGUUUGGCUUCAAAAUAGAUAUAUAUGUAUAUGAUUAUUAUUAUUAUAUGUUAUGAAAAAUAUUGUUGUAAAA